AGAACCGCACCUGUCCAUCCAUCUCAUCUCACCUCACUCACACUACUACUGAUAUCAGCUAGGAGUACUCGAGUUCACUAGCUACCAGUUCGCUUCCUUCCUUCGGCACCAGACUCUCUCCCACGAAGAUGCCUACGGUGACCCGUGCCUACCUCGACCAGAGGCUCGCCGUCGCCAACCGCUGCUCCAAAGAGGCUGCCAUGGCUGGAGCCAAGGCCGCGGCCGUCGCCACCGUCGCUGCCGCAGUCCCCACUCUGGCGAGCGUGAGGAUGCUGCCGUGGGCGAGAGCGCACCUGAACCCCACCGGGCAGGCCCUCAUCAUCUCCACCGUCGCCGGGAUGGCCUACUUCAUCGUGGCCGACAAGACCAUCCUCUCCAUGGCCAGGAAGCACUCCUUCCAGAACGCGCCGGACCACCUCAAGAACACCUCCUUCCACUGAUUAGGCAGUAGAUCCUGUAGUAUAAUGUCUGCUGAAUCCACCAUGGGUAGUGCGCAAUAAACUUCACGCCGACCCGUACGGCCGUACGUGUCUGCUGAAUGAUACAGUAGUAUAAUGUUCAGCGAGAGAGGCGAGGCGAUGCAGAUCAGGCCUUGCGCUUCUAUCCGUGCAAGCACUUAUCGGAUGAUGAAGUUACCAUGUAACCCAGCCAGUAUUUUCUUGAAUUAAUGAAUACCAGUAUUUGUACAAUUCUGGUUCAUCUGCCA